AUGACGCAUGUUUGGGACCAGCAGCAGUGGUGCGUGCCGCGUGGCGUCCUUGUUGUCAUGGCAACGCCGCGGCGGCAUGACCACGCAGAGUGCAGAAACAUGUUCCAGGAGACAGCUAAGGAUAAUAAGGUAUACGAGGAAGCUGAAGAAAGACUAUUGAAGCAAGUGGAUAGUUUCAGACGGAGAUACAAUUCUCUGUACCCAAGCGGCCCCCUACUGCUGCUCACUCCACGAAAUGAAAACGACAAAGUGGUACCAAUCUUGAGUUUGGUUGUGCCCAGCCCUCAGCCCCAUCCCGAGCUACUCAACAUACAUGAUGCGGCUCCAACCUUGGCAAACCUGCUCACCUAUAGUCCCCCGGCCCCGUCAUCCCCUCUGCCGCGGAAGGUACGAUCGGCAGCUGUCGUGGCGAUGACGCAGCGAGGAGAGGCGGCCGAGUGUGCCCUAGUGGUGGUUUCUGUGUUGCUGGGAGCUGGCUACCGCGCCUUCGUGGCUCAGGGCAUAGCGCGCCCUUCCCUAGUGGCCGGCGACACGUCCACACUACCUUGUCCCUACCUUGCCCCGCCCCAGAAGGUAGGGGAGAAAGGAGGCAAGGCACCCCCAUCGAAGUACACGGUGAAACAGCCACCGGACCUGAGGAGCCGGUACAUCCUCAUAAUGGAGGAGCGCAUCUGCCGCCAACUCAACGCCGAGAAGCAGCAGCAGCAGCAACAACAACAGAAGCGAGACAGUGAGCCGAGUCUUGCUGAAAGCCAUCAAGAACAGCAGCAGGAAAGCGAGGGUGGCGGUGAUCUACAUUUCUGGGUGGUAGUGCUUCCCCCUAAGCGUCAGAUGACCUGCCCGACCCUUGUGGAGCCCAGCACGGGGAAGAUAACUCCUCUGCCCACUGAGGAGCCGCUGCCCUACCUCCACUUGCACGCUCUCUUCAACCACAGCAAUUACUGGGCCUCCACGCAGCCCCGGACACCCCUCAGCCCCGACACGUUCAACUUGGAUGAUCGCUCGCUGUGGCUGCCGCUUAUCGAUGACGAAUCCGGGAAUCCCCAUGAACGCUCCCAGCCUAAGGAACCCAAACACAAGCCCUCUGAGCCUUCCUCCCAUAACAAGGAGCACGAGGACACGCAGCAAACCACUCAGGAGCCACAAGACUCCCCAAACAAGCCUCAAGAUCCUCCUGGACAGUCUCAGGAAAAUCAAGAUUCUUCUAACAAGUCACAGGACACUCCAAGCAAAUCCCAGGAGCCGCCUAGUCAGUCAUACGAGGCUCAAGAAUCUCUCGGUGCUUCCCAGGAAUUGCCCAGUCAGUCUCGGAAACCUAGUGCAUCCCAGGCGAAAGCAAGUCGACCCAGGAACAAGGAGGAGCCGCUGCUGCCACGCGCUUGCUACAAGCCUGUUGUUAUUACCGAAGAAGCUCUUUUGCAAAGGUUCCCAGGGGGUUGGCGGGAGGAGGUGUACCAGGAGGCUGUGGUGAGACGCUACGCCCCGCUCACGCACCCACGCGGCACGACUCUCGCCCUUACUCUUCGCACCCCGGAAGGAUCAGUGAAGGAGGUGCGGGAGGAGUUUCAGCAGCGGGAGGACAGACUGGUUGGGCGCGUCACGGACCUCCACACGGGUGCAGUCACGGAUACCUUCUCCAGGAGCAGGAAGGACACACUGAAAGAACACCAGUAUUGGAGGGAACCGACCUCCUUGGCCACCCGCGUUGGACCAGACGGAGUGGACAACCCGUGGCAGGCGAGUGAGCUGGAGGUGCGAGGACAGACGCAACCCCUCGAGGUGUUCCUGUUCCACUCGGAGUUUCGCGUGGACGCCCUCAGGAGACGAGAGGUGCGCAGCGGGGAGUGGCGGGAGGAAUAUGAUGCCCGCGCCGAUCUUCUCCUGAGGCGCACCGUCACCUUCGUUAGCGCCUCCUCCAGGACAGUCCAGAAAAUAGAGGAAGAAUUCGAAAGUCCAGACAACGAAUGCAGUGACGAUAGCGGCUUCGGUGAGGGCGGUGAUGAUAGUAGUGGUGAUGGUUGUGGCAGAAGCAACAGUAGCAGUAGCAGCAGUAAGGGGCAGGCAGUACAGCGGCGGGUAAUGAUGGUGGCGGAGGGACGCGUCCAUCUGUUGUACCACUACGGCCGCCACCGCCUCCUGCAGCCGUCCCGAACCUUCUUGAAGCCCCAGGACGGAUUGGCCACCUCCCUCACCACGGAGCACACGCACAGCUUCCAGCCUGAUCCCGGGGCAGAGGAGCCAAAGUUGCCGCAGCUGUGGGAGGAGUUGGAGGUGCAGAUGGAGGCUGAGGCUCGGGCGCUGGUGGAGGUGCGGCAGGCGGUGGAAGAGACGGAGGCGAUAAAGAAGGCACGUUUGGCGGAGGAAGAGCAAGCAACUCUCCUGCCUGGAAUCUUUGACACCACGUCCAACGCCACCGUGCAGCAGAUCCUGAAGGAGAGAGCGUGGGAGGAGGCGCACCGGGAAGAAACUGAAAGGAAGAAGAGAGAAGAGCGAGAAGGCCGCGUCGACACCAUUGCUCCGUACCUGCCGCUGCUUCAGGGCGGAGAAGGGCUGGAGGAGGCCGUGCAGGAGCGCUGCCUCCAGGACCUGAGGGAUCGCCUCGCCCUCAGAGCAAACCUUCUCCAGGACAAACUUGACGAGGCUCGGGAGGCGGUGCUGACAUGCCGGGAGGAGGUCAGCCGCCGCAAACGAGUGACUGCCGAGGAGCGUGCCACCCUCAAUGCUGAAACCGCUGCCGCCGAGGCCGCCCACCGCCGCCUGCGAGCUCACCUGGCUGCAUGGAGACACGAGGCCGAGGAGAGGUACGAGACAAUGGCGGCCAAACUAGAGGUCGACUCCAGGAUCCGACUUGUACCUACCUCCAGUCUCUCCUCCCCUCCGCCAGACACGGGACAAGGGAGUACCGCAUCUCCCUCCCCGCGGCGCUGAGGCGAACACCUCUGGGUAGUCAAGGAGGGGGAAGGGUGCUGGGGACUGAGCUGCAGGUCACAUCUCACCACCCAAGUAAUCACUUCUUCGGAAUAGGAAUCUCAUUUCAUAUUUGUAUACGAUUUACAUACAGUACUUUCAAUAAAUACUGAACAACA